AACUGCGUACUCAGUACAGUUUCGGAAUUGUUUGUGCUUUCGCAGUGUCGGAACCAGGCAGUUCUGUUUCGGUAAACUAAAGAAAUUUUCUAGUUUCUUACUUCGCAACCUUCAAGAAGAAACACCAAAUCAAGUGACAAGAUGGCAACCAUCCGCCAAAACUACCACGAGGAGAGCGAGGCUGGAGUCAACAAGCAGAUCAACCUGGAGUUGUACGCGUCCUAUGUGUACAUGUCUAUGGCCUACUACUUUGACCACACCACUGUUGCUCUGCCUGGUGCCCACAAGUACUUCAAGAAAGCUUCGGAUGAGGAGCGCGAGCACGCAGAGAAGCUGAUGAAAUUUCAGAAUCAGCGUGGCGGGACUGUCGUGCUGCAGGACAUCAAGAGGCCUGAGAACGAUACUUGGGGCACCCUGAAGGAUGCAGUGACCUCUGCCCUGGCCCUUGAGAAGAAGGUCAACCAGGCCUUGCUGGACCUGCACAAAGUGGCAGACAAGCAUGGUGAUUCCCAGAUGUGCGAUUGGAUUGAGAACCACUUCCUGACUGAGCAAGUGGAGGCCAUCAAGGAGCUGGGCGAUCACCUGAGACAGCUGGAGCGUGUCGGGUCAUGCCUGGGCGAGUACAUAUAUGACCGCGAGAGCCUCAAUCAUGAGUAGAUCUGGUGGCUGGUCCCUGGACUACACCGCAGCCGGUUAGCUAACUCGAUAUGGAUUCGCUGACACUUCACUUCAUGGCAAUCUGUGGACAUCAAAUCAACUGGUGACUUUGUUGAUCGCUUGGUGGAUGACGGUAGACACAACGGAUGUUUGCUUGAUAUGCAUUAAGAUUCUUCGGUUUACAAUCCAAGUGACCCUUGUCCGCCAUCCUUUUGACAGGUUACAUGGUUGAUUUCGUUGUUAAAUUGGCUAACUGGCCUGCUACAUAAAGACAGAGGCAUAGUUGUAGUAAUAGUAGUAGUUAAUAAACCCUUCCUUAAAAUUCAUAGUCUUCUCGCACGACGACGUAACCCGCAUAAUUUCAUACUCCAGUUAUCAAGAAAUCCUCAUAUAUUGCAACUCAUUUGACAAUGUCAGUCUUUCAUAAUCUGCUCAUGAUGUAGAUUGUAAAAUCCAUGUCUUAUAUUUCUCAACCUUUGGUCAUCUUUUCCUGUCUUUAAAUGAAAUUACAUGCAGUGAAAAAGCCUCUAGUCACUUGAAUAAAGAGAAUAAAAACUCCCCUCUAUUGAAACAUACCACGCAUGCGCAGUCAGUAAAAGCGUCAGUUUAUCUGAUGCCCAAGCAUUUAAGUAAACCAUUCCAAACCUAUAUUGAACAUUGAGCACAAAUUGUAUAAGUGGCACUCCAUGAAACUGCCAGUGGCAACUUAAGAACUUUUAACAUGGGAGAAAUAAAUAUAAGAAAAAAAAGUA